GGUCAGAGGCAGGGACGUACAUGUGCACAGCUACUAAUGAGAUGGGGAGUGACACAACCACGGUACAAGUCACUGUCAACUAUAAACCAGAGAUGGUGUCUUCGACUACCAACACGUCGUCUUGGGGUGGAAAAGUCUUGAGCCUGCAGUGCAAGGCCAGAGGUGUACCAUCACCUCAGAUCACGUGGUACAAGCCUGGCGGUCAGCUAAUCACAGCUGGAGUAAGCCCCAUUUCUGGAAGCAGCCAGCUCCAAGUAACAACAACUCGAGACGCAGGGGACUAUGGACAGUACAAGUGUCGGGCGUCUAACUUGUUGGGGUCGGUGGAACGCCUAAUCUACGUCACUCAAUUGUUUGCUCCAGGCCCUCCCAUCAUCACGGUGUCAAAUAUCGAGGCGUCAUCCAUCAAAGUCAACUGGGCCCCUCCUUCAUCUGAUGGCGGCAGCCCUGUCAUCGACUACAAGGUGCAAGUGGAUCCUGCAAAACCGCCCCGUGAGGGGGUGCCUGGGGGCCAAGUUGUCAUCUCAGAUCUUACAAAGAAUACAGAGUAUACUGUAAAAGUGACCGCGCGUAACGUUGUUGGUUAUGGCGAGGCUGGGACGGAAAUUAUCCGAACUAAAAAGCAAGGACCCCCCUCGCUACCGUUUCUCAAACCUGUUGACAAUACUACGACAAACGAGGAAAUCACCCUGGAAUGGAGCAAACCCGACGAGAACGGUGGUGCCAUCCAGGCCUACAUCGUGUACUUCAUGUUGACUUUCCCUGAUGGCCAGGAGACAGACUGGACUGAAACCGCUAACAUCACAGACCUCUCUGUGCUGAGCUACAUAUUCAAGGGCAUGAAGCCAGGAAGGACUUACAGCUUCCUGGUCACCGCGUACAACCAGUACGGAGAGAGCGCCAAGGAUUAUACCAAAGCAAGCGUGGUGCAGGUCAACGAGAUGAGCACAAAUAGUACGUGAUUAAUGCUGAUUAUG